UGUCACAUGACCCUGACUCAGUCCUUUCCGCCUACUUCGACUGUUAUCGCUCCUCAACUCAAACUCAAUCUGCCUCGAACACACCUGUUCUCGACAAAGAUACAGCAAUCGCAGUCUCGUCAGAUAGACAACGAUAUAUUAGACCACACAUCGAUCCAUAAUGGCCACUGCCCGCGAACGACGCAACUCGCUCAUCGACCAAGAGUCCGCGCGCUUACUCGGCGACUUUGACGAGCGCGACGACCUCGCUGUCGACGACGGUCCCGACGGCCCUUCCUCCGCCUCUGCUGUCGCGUCCGAGGACGUCGAGGCCGCUGUUGCCGAGCGCGAGGUCGACGAGCUUUCUACGAGGGCUCUUGUCACUCUCUUUUGCUCGCUUUAUAUCGGCGUCUUUCUGUGUGCGUUGGACGGAACGGUUAUCGUCACGCUUAUUUCGCAUAUCGCGUCCGAGUUUCAUGAUUUUAGAUCGGUGUCCUGGAUCGCGACUGCGUAUUUGAUUGCCGUCGCCGCCUUCCAGCCGUUGUAUGGAAAGAUCUCUGAUAUCUACGGUCGCAAGGCCCUCCUCAUCUUCAGCAAUGCCGCAUUCGCUAUCGGCUGCGUUCUCUGCGGCCUCGCCUCCUCCGUCUGGUUCCUCGUCUUUGCCCGCGUGAUCGCCGGCAUCGGCGGCGCAGGCCUCAACUCGCUCUCCGUCAUCACCCUCUCCGACCUCGUCCCGCUCCGCCAGCGCUCGCUCCUGCACGGCAUCGGCAGCGUGCUCUACAACUCCGGCGCUGCCGUCGGCGGCGUCUUUGGCGGGCUGAUUACCGAUGCUGUGGGCUGGCGCUGGGCGUUUUAUAUUCAAGUUCCGUUCGUGCUGAUUUCGGCGGUUACCAUCCAGCUCAACUUGAAAGGCAAGCCCGUGUCUGAGAUUGAGUCGGGGAGGUUGAAGCGGAUUGACUUCCUCGGCUCGUUUGCGCUCGUGAGUGCGUUGACGCUGUUCAUGCUCGCCAUGUCGAUCGGCGGAAACUACGUGCCCUGGACAUCCCCCCUCAUCUUUAUCUUCUUCACACUCUCCUUCGCCUUCAUCGCCGCGUUCGUGCACAUCGAGCUCAAGGUCGCCGCCGAACCCGUGAUCCCCGUGCAACUGCUCAAAGACCGCACGAUCCUUGGCUCGGCCAUCUCCAACGCGCUCAUCUUCAUGAUCUCCUACUCCCACCUCUUCUACGUGCCCAUCUACCUCAUCUCCGUCCGCGGCGUGUCCGCCACCGCAGCCGGGACAAACAUUAUCUCAAACUUCAUCGGCACCGGCAUCGGCGCAAUCUCAACCGGCACCUACAUGCGCGCCACGGGCAAGUACUUCCGCGCCAUGCUCUUCAACGCCUGCCUCCUCUUUCUCGGCUGCAUCCUCGUCAGCACGUACUCCGAAACCACAAGCACAUUCACCCAAGUCUUCUUCCUCCUCAUCCCCGGCAUCGGCUUCGGCUCCCUCCUCACCUCCACCCUCAUCGCGCUCAUCGCCUCCGUCCCGCACGAAUUCCAAGCCGUCACGACAUCAAUCCAAUACGGCUUCCGCGGCAUGGGCUCCACGGUAGGCGUCACCAUCGCCUCCGCCGUCUUCCAAAACGUGCUCGCGACCGAGCUCUACGAAAAAAUCACGGGGCCAGGCGCCGCAGAGAUGAUUUCGCGCGUGCUCGACUCGGUCGAGGAAGUCGAGAACUUGCCGGACGAGUAUCGCGAGAUUGCGCGGGGCGGGUUUUUGGUCGCCAGUCGGUGGGUGUUUUAUUUUGCGGUCGGGCUGGGGUUUUUGAAUAUUCUAGCGAUUUCGAUUAUGAAGGAGCAUACUUUGCAUACCACAAUCCAGAGAAGGGAGUAGAGAAAAUGAGGGGGGGGUGCCUCUACAUUAAAAUAUAAGUGUUUUUUUGGAAUGAAUAUAAAGAGAAGAAAAGAGUUGCUGUUUAGUUUGGUUUAAUAGAGAAUAGAAUAUUUCUUUGAGUGUAUACUUUCGACCGCAGACAAAUAUAACAAG